CCGUAAGGCCUUGAGCCUUUUUAUGGCCUAUAAGAAAGAAAAUCAUUUUGUAUCGUUACGGUAAAUGGAAUCGGUAUCGUCUUGAGAAGGAAUCUGAAUGGACUUUUUAGGAAAUUUAUUGCCGAGAAUGAUACACACACUCGUGUUGCUUUAUUUCAGUGACAUAAUGAAAAAGAAAGAUUUCAUUGUGAUUAAGCUGAGGUGACAUAUUUUGUUGUUUUCAUUGGCUGAUUUUUUCAGCUGACGUGGACACGCUUAGAGGGCUUGAUAUCCUGUUUUUAAUAUUGUUAGAUAGGUCUAAGAAAUUUAAAAAUUAUUCAUUCAUAUAAUUAAUAUACAAAUACUAAUUAGUAUUUGUCUCAACGAUUCCACAUACGUUUCUCUUUAAACUCCAAUCAUGUCUCUCUUCACGUCUUUCUUAAGUUGCUUUGUUCCAAAAUCCAGCUCAAGGAUUAGUUCAAUCGAUGGUAGUAUCCCGAAAGGCUUGUCGUUGGAGAAGCCAAAAAGCAAAUCUGAAUCUCUUAGAGCUCCAAUCAUUGUAUCUUAUUUCCCCGUGCCCGUGGCUUCAAGGCUUUCGCGUUUGUAAGAAGUGUGGGAAGGUCAUUGGCAUAUUUGUUGUCAUGUGAGACUUUUUGUUUUGUUCCUUUUGUUUGGUUAUUUGCAAAUUGUAAUGGACCACCUACCUAGGUUUGAUAACAUCAUAUUUAGGUCUGGCAACAAAAUUAUAUGCUUUGUAUUCAAUCCAAAUAAAAAUUAAUAACGUUUACAUAUUUUGUAUAAUUUAAUCAAUCUUAGGAGGAUCAAGAGUGUGAAUCCAGAGAUAUGUUUUCUAGAGGGGACUUUU